GACCGGGGCCGGCACCCCCAGGACCGUGCAAGCACCGGGGACCCCAGGAAGGAGCUGGGGGUGUCUCUGCCCAGCGUCGCUUCCCUGGUGCCACCAGACCAGCCUGAGCUGCUCCUUAAACCAGUUCCUCAUUCCCCAGUCCGCAGGUGUCGGCCACCGCCGUGCCCCUCGCAGCUGGCUGGCAAGCGCGGCUGGGCCUGGGCUCGGCUCCUGACGCGGUGCCCGCCUGGGGGAACGGAGCAGAGGAUGUUCCCGAAGAAGCAGAGGCAGGCGGCAGGCGCAGACACGGAGCCGUCAGGCAGCCGUAAGCGGGGCCGGCAGGAUGCGGAGGUGGCACCAGGAGUGGAGAGCCUGUCGGAGGCGGUGAAGCAGGCGCGGCGCAGAGCAGCCCUGUCCGUGCGCGAGUUCAAGUUCAACAAGAAGAGGGUGCGGCUGCUGUCCCAGGAGUCCCACUUGCAGGACGGGGCCCUCGGCAUCCUGUACUGGAUGUCCCGGGACCAGCGCGUGCAAGAUAACUGGGCCUUCCUGUACGCCCAGCGCCUGGCCCUGAAGCAGCAGCUCCCUCUGCACGUCUGCUUCUGCCUGGUGCCCAAGUUCCUGGACGCUACCAUCCGCCACUUCGGCUUCCUGCUAAAAGGCCUGCAGGAGGUGGCCGAGGAGUGCGGGGAGCUGGGCAUCCCCUUCCACCUGCUCCAGGGCUACGCCAAGGACGUGCUGCCAGCCUUCGUGACGAGGCACGGCAUCGGUGGGGUGGUCACCGACUUCUCCCCGCUCCGCGUCCCCUUGCAGUGGGUGGAAGACGUCAAGGAGAGGCUCCCGCAGGGUGUGCCGCUGGUACAGGUGGACGCUCACAACAUCGUUCCCUGCUGGGUGGCCUCCAACAAGCAGGAGUACGGCGCCAGGACCAUCCGGCCGAAGAUCCAUGCCCAGCUCCCCGAGUUCCUCACGGAGUUCCCCCCUAUCAUCCAGCACCCGUUCCCCGCCGCGGCCCCUGCGCAGCCCAUAGACUGGGACGCCUGCUACGCCGGCCUGGAGGUGGACCGCACGGUACCGGAGGUGAAGUGGGCGACGCCGGGGACAGCCGCGGGUCUGGCGGUGCUGCAGGCAUUCGUUGCCCGGCGGCUGCCGGGGUACAGCGAGUACCGCAACAACCCCAACAAGGCCGCGCUCAGCAACCUCUCGCCCUGGUUCCACUUCGGCCAGGUGUCCGUGCAGCGCGCUGUCCUGGAGGUGCAGAAGUCCCGCGACCGCCACCGGGAGUCUGUCAACAGCUUCGUGGAGGAGGCCGUGAUCCGACGAGAGCUGGCGGACAACUUCUGCUUCUACAACAAAAGCUACGACCAGCUGGAAGGUGCACAUGACUGGGCCAGAGACACGCUGAUACUCCACGCCAGAGACAAGCGGGAGUAUCUCUAUGACCUGCAGCAGCUGGAGGAGGGGAAGACGCACGACCAGCUCUGGAACGCGGCCCAGAUCCAGAUGGUCCGCGAGGGCAAGAUGCAUGGCUUCCUCCGCAUGUACUGGGCCAAGAAGAUCCUGGAGUGGACCCGGUCCCCGGAGGACGCCCUGCGCUUCGCCAUCUACCUCAACGACCGCUUUGAGCUGGACGGCAGGGACCCCAACGGCUACGGCUUCCCAAUUCCUGAGAUAAAACUAGCGCCUCUCUACUUCGGACCUGGUCCAUACUGGCCAGCCAGGCAGGCGCAGGCUGCCCAUAGCAGAACGGACCUCCCGUCCCCCACGCAGCUGCCCCACAGCACCAUCCCUCUCGCCCCCGCGGCUAGGGAGGGUGCCGGGACCCGAGGCGGGGCUGGGCAACCUGACGGGGACCCCUCUCUGUGCUGGGCUGAGCGGAACGUGUUCGGGAAGAUCCGGUACAUGAACUACGCCGGCUGCAAGAGGAAGUUUAACGUGGGCCAGUUCGAACACAAGUACCGGCCCUGA